UCAGCCACGUCAGCGCUCCUGUAUGGCUCCAUCCUCCCUCAGCGGAGAGAACAGCUACAAACAAGCGGACAGAAUGAUGCUUAUUUUUGGACUUCAGCGGCUGCGAGUGCAAAACUGAGUCCCGUUUAUGCAGGACAUGCCUCUGCACAGGUUUUAGCUGGAAGAUGUCUAUGGUCCUGUUUGCCUCUGUGGUGCGGGUGAGGGACGGCCUGCCUCUCUCUGCCUCCACUGACUAUGAGCAGGACAAAGGGCUGCAGGAGACCAAGAAGCACCUCAAAGGCCUGUCAAAAAAACUCAGCCAGUUCCCCGACCGCUGCUCUCUCAAAACAGGCCAAUACCAUGUCAAUUUCACAAGUUCUCUGGGAGUGGGCUACUUGAUGGUAUGCACAGAGAACUAUCCCAAUGUCUUGGCGUUCUGUUUCCUGGAUGAGUUGCAAAGAGAGUUCAUUGUCACAUAUGACACCAAGCGCAUUAACAGCGCUGUCAGGCCGUACUCCUUCAUCGAGUUUGACAACUUCAUUCAGAAGACCAAGCAGCGCUACAACAGCCCACGGUCUCUCUCCACUAAGAUCAAUCUGGCUGAUAUGCAGACGGAGAUCAAGCUGCGGCCUCCAUACCAGCUCACUCCUGAGGACCUGGGCUCAAUCAAUGGCUUCUCUCACAACACCACCUCCAAAUAUAAAGGCAUAGCUCCUAAUCAAAUGUUGGAGCCUGUCACCUUGUCAGGCAUUGUGGCAUGUGUCCUAAGUGUUUUGUGCGGUGCGCUCAAUUUGCUCCGGGGAGUCCAUGCCAUUGAGAGCAUAUUACAGAACGAGGACGAAGACUUUAAUUACGUAAUUGCCUUUUUCCUGGGUACGGCAGCCUGUCUUUAUCAGUGUUACUUAUUUGCAUACUUCUCAGUCUGGAGAAACAUCAAGUCAUUCCUGGCCUUUGCUCUGAUCUGCCUGUGCAACAUGUACCUGUAUGAACUGCGCAACGUGUGGCAGGUCCUCUUCCAUGUGACGGUGGGGGCCUUCAUCACUCUGCAGAUCCGCCUGAGGCAGCCACAGGGUAAAGCUCCAGACUAUAAUGUCUGAAAAUGCACCUAACCUGCUGAGAGUCCAGGGAAACAUACACAUGGCCUCCCUCCACACCAUCAUCUGCAUCUGCAGUCUCCUACACAGCUUAGGACUGUAAGGGAAACACCAGGACACUGAAUGAUGUGAGUUUCACCAUAUGUUUAGGACUAAAGAAGUCCCCUUUCAGUAAGACUCUGCAGUGAGUUGGGUGUUAACAGCUGUGGUAGAGUCUGACUGUAGGAGGCAUCAUACUUAAUCAGCUAAUUGCUCUGGUUAUCCUAAAAUAUGUGCAUUUCUUCAUCAUUUUAGCAUUUUGUUACAAAAUUUGAAAGUGCACAGAUUUGCAUAUAAUGUUAGUUUGAAUAGUAGGUAUUAAUUUAUAUUUUUGUUAAUUGAUGUAUCUGCAUUUUUUUAUGGCAUCUUUUGUGAUUAGAGAUGAUUGUUAAAGCAAACAAUUAUGCAAAGACUUUCUGGAUCUUCAUACAGAUAAAAUGUACAAAUAGCACACAUACAGGCAAGUCACAGAGACCAUUUCCUUUUUAUAUUGUACUCAUUCAUGCAUGCACACGCAUCCCAAACUUUAGUGUCAUAUUUUAUAUACUUCCAAGCUGCUGUCAUCAGUCAUUCUUACCCCUAAAGCACAUUCAGACAUGAGCAUGAUAUGUUCUGCUACAGCUGUCUCAGUAGACUUUGUGCUGCCUGAAGCUUCGCUGGCUGCUGAUAGAUUCCACUCUCCUUCACAGCCGAGGAGUGGCCUGCUGAUGUAUAGACUGAUAUAUACACUGUUUGCCACCUGAGGCUUUUGGCUGCCUCACUUCGCUGAGCCUCCACUGGUGUGCACCAGCGCCGGCAAGCAAAACUCUGACAAUUGAAUGAAUGAAUACGGUUAUAUUUGUGUCUGCAUCUGGAUUGUUCAAAAGAAGUCAUGUCCAACAGAUGAGUGUUUUUGAAUCUGCGAGACCUUCAGUAAAGACAAGUUUGACUUUCUAAGAA